GUUUUCAGCGUUCGUACUGGCUUGAGUCUGGGUGCUGGCGGCGAUGACUUCUGGCAUUAAUUCGGAGGCGUUGACUUUAGGUUGACUCAAGAUGCGCGUUGAACGUGGUAAAAUGUGUCGUGCCACCUGGGAGGCGCUGAAGGCUCACAUUAUGCGCGACAGGAAACGAAAACGAGAUGAAAUGGAGGCGGACGCCGAGGAGGCGAGGCAGAGGCUGAAGCGCGAGCAGCUCAAGAAGCAGCACACCUCCACGCUGCAGGACACGAUAGCCGAGAGUGCUCAGCUGGAGACCCGGCUGAAGGAGCUGAAGACGGAGAAGCACGAGAUGUUCAUGAAGCUGAAGAAGGUGCUGACCGAGGACGAGACGCGGCGUCGGCAGCAGCUGAUGAAGGACGCGCAGCAGACGCAGCACGGCCCGCCGCCGGCCAUGCAGCCGGUGAUGCUGCAGCCUCCCAUCUCUCAGCACGGCUCCGGCCGGCUGACGCUCAACAAGCACCCGGCCCACCACCCGUCGCUGCUGCAGAUGGGCAUGAAGCGGCCGCGGAGUCCGACGCCGCCGCCGUCUCACCAGCAACAGCAGGCGUACCGCCACGAGUACCUGUACAAGGGCCAGCCGCUGCCCUCCAUGAGCUACGGCCCGCUGUCGGCCGGCCACCCCCACGUGUCGGUGGCUUCCGUGGCCAGGGAGGAGAGCCAUCACCCGGUCUACAUGGCGCCUUCGAGAGGCUACGGCAUGGCCUCCCACAGCGUGAUGGACGCGCCGCCGCGCGAGAAGGGCGACUACUACGGCGCGUCGCACCGGCAGCCAUCGCACAUGGGCAUUCGCUCCACACCCAUCCUGCCCGUGCAGCAGCCUCAGAGUGGCAAGUCCGGCGGCAUCACGUCCGGGUACCCGGUGCGGACGGUGGGGCCCGGCGCCUACCCGCCAGCCAGCGGCAGCUCGCCGGCGGUGCCGACGAGCCGACAGGCGCCGCCGCGCUACUACUGAUGGUCAGCGCCUCUGGACCGGGCCACCUGCUCCGGACCGGACCGGACGGGUGCUGUCGCCUCCUCCCGGCAGCCGACGGCGGGCCCGGCUGCGGCGACAGCCCGGCACCGGCCGACCGAGGGCCAACCUGUGGACCGGGUGUGAUCAGGCCCGGCGGACCUGGUCUCGUGCCGUGGUGGCGGAGGGGGCGGAGCUGCCUGGGCGGAGGAGCAGACUUAGAGUGGCGGUACUGCACGCCUCCGGUGCGGCUCGUUGCCACUGGGGUCAUGACGAUGUGCAUCUGAUUUCUGAAAGUUUUAUCCGAACCAUUUUUGAGAUGUGUGGGCUUCAUUCCUAUGUGAUCGAAUCUCUCAGCUGGUGCUGCACACAGUUCGAGGUAUUCUUUGGAUUGUGACGGAGCUUCAGUAAGAGCUCACACGUCUGGUCCCACCUUUUCAGGAUUAAGGUGAACCAAGCACCGCUCGUUUUUAUCGUUGUGACAGUCUACUAGUUUGUUUCGUAUGCGAAUCGGAAUGACAGCACGCUUAGGGAAGCGUGCGAAGCUGUUUGAGCGUUUGUCUCGACUUGACUGAAUGAGAUGGGCCCUAGGCUAGUCUACGCGAAUGUCUCAGAAUACAUCAACGUGUGUUU